AUGGCAACUAGAGCAUAUGGCGGGGGCAUUCCGCAUCUGGGCCCGACAAGGCUACACAGAGGGACUAUCAGGCCACAUCAGCGUCCGCGAUCCAGAAUUCACCGACGCCUUCUGGACAAACCCAUUAGCGUACACUUCGGCCUGCUGAAAGCAAGCGACAUGAUACUUCUGCGUCUCGACGGCACCGUGAUAGGCGGCAACCGCUCCCGACCCGCCAACGCAGCAGGCUUCCUGAUCCAUGCAGCGGUCCACAAGCGCCGACCAGACGUGCACGCCAUCUGCCAUGCGCACACGAUAUACGGCAAGACAUGGUCGUCGUUUGCGCGGCCACUGGAAAUGCUGAACCAGGACGUGUGUAAGUUCUACAAGGCGCAUAGCGUGUACUCGUCAUAUGGCGGGGUGGUGCUAGCGGAAGAAGAAGGGGAGUUGAUUGCGACGGCGCUGGGAGAUGGGAAGGCUGCGAUACUGAUGAAUCAUGGCCUUUUGAGUGUGGGGGGAACGGUGGAUGAGGCGGCGUAUUUGUUUGGGUGUUUGGAACGGUGUUGUCAGGCGCAAUUGCUUGCUGAAGCUGCUGCGGCUAAUGGGAUUGAGAAGGUGUAUAUUUCCGAUGAGCAGGCGGCGUAUAAUUUUGCGGUGGAGAGUGAUCCGGAGGUACUUUAUUGUGAGUUCCAGCCUGAUUAUGAGUAUGAGGAUGCCAUGUGUGCAGGGGCUUUUAAGAAGUGA